UUCGUAUAUUCGCAGAUAAGUUGCAUUUUAUUUAUAAAAUGCGUAUGUUGCACUUUUUAGGACUGUUCUCGAUAUUAUUUUGCAUUAACGCUGAGUUAAUUGUAACAACUCCAAAUGGGAAAAUUCGUGGAAGACAAGAACAUUCUCAAAGGGGAAUAUCGUUUUAUGCCUUCCAACAAAUACCUUUUGCCAAGCCACCCGUGGGAUCCUUGCGAUUUAAAGCUCCUAUACCAGCAGAACCAUGGAGCGGGAUUCUAAAUGCUACCAAAAAUGACAGGGUAUGCUUCCAACAAAAAUAUCCAUUUCCUGGACCAGAAAUACCUCAAAACGAAGAUUGCUUAUAUUUAAACAUCUACACUCCAGAGGCCCCGUCAAAGAAUGUUUCUCUUCCUGUUAUGGUCUAUAUCUAUGGAGGAGGAUUUGUAACCGGAGCCAACCACAUUGAUUUCCACGGUCCCCAUUAUUUAAUGGAACAUGGUGUCAUCAUUGUCAGUGCUAAUUAUCGCAUAGGUCCUUUUGGUUUUCUUUCAACUGGAGAUACAGUUAUUCCUGGUAACAAUGGAUUAAAAGAUCAGCUCCUAGCUUUAAAGUGGGUUCAAGACAACAUUAAAUAUUUUGGAGGGGAUAAAACCAAAGUUACUAUUUUUGGUCAAAGUGCAGGGGGAGCAUCUGUAACCUAUCAACUUAUGAGUGAGAAGUCUAAAGGACUUUUUAGAGCUGCAAUCUCCCAAAGUGGAUCUAUUCUUAGUCCGUGGACUUUCCAAAGAGAUUAUCGUAAAAUAGCUUAUGAUCUGUCUAUUGCUCUUGAUCCAACCUUCAGUCCAAACGCUAGUUCACAAGAAUUGUUAGAGCUUUUGCAAAAGAAAUCAGCCAAAGAACUUAACGAUGCGGCUGUUUCAUUGAUGUCGGAAACCGAUUAUAACAACCAAAUAGUCCAAGGAUUUCAGUUCACUCCAGUCAUUGAGCCCAAUCACGACGAUGCUUUCAUAACCAAAAGAAUGUACGAUGCUCUAAUAAACGGAGAUAUGCAAAGAGUACCAUUAAUAAUAGGUAUUUGUUCCGAAGAAAUGAUUUGGAAUGCUUUAGAUCCCGAAAUAUUCAAACAGACUGCUCGUUCAUUAGACAACGAUCUCAGCUUAUUGGUCAAUAACAAUAUGCAUGUUUCAAAUAUAACUAAGAAGCACGAUAUAGGAGCUGAUAUACGAAAUGUAUACACCAAAGAUUCAUUUAUAAAUAAAAUUGAACAUGCUGUACAGUUUUACAGUGACACUUCAUUUGGAAGACCAAUUAUUCAUCAUGCGAAGAAGCAAUCACAGUUUAGUGAUGUCUACUUUUACCAGUUUUCUUACUAUGGGGCCAUUCCAGGACCGAGACCUUAUAUAGAGGGUGCUUACAAAGUUGGCCAUUCAGAUGACGAGAUGUACGUUUGGACUUUUUUGAAUAACUCCAAUUUAGAUUCAUAUCCCAAACUAGACGUUCUGACAAGUGAAAGAUAUCGCACUCUGUUUACAAAUUUUGCAAAAACUUUGGAUCCUGUUUCGGAUAAAACAGAACUUCUAGGAAUAAAAUCUUGGCCGAAGGUAACACCAAACGAAUUUCACUAUUUGGACAUAAAUGAAACGUUGACGAUAAAAAAAGAUAUCAAGAAACACGUAUACGACGGCUGGGUAAAUGUGUAUGAAAAUGAAGCUAUAAAACCAUAUGACACAUUUUAACAAAGCUUUAAAAUAUUAUAGUGUAAUCAAU